AUGAGUGCGAAAGACAUUCAAAAUUCUCAAAGAGAAGGGGAGGAGGAUGAGAGCUACUGCACUCAUCUGAAUCUUCGACUUAGUUCGAACUCGGCUGAUGAGCCAACCUUCGAGGAUAAUAUUAAUGAAUUGGUGGAAUAUAUUAAUAACGAUAUGGACCCUACUAACCGUUUAAACAGAGCUGGAAAGGAUGGACUCAAAGCAAGAGUCACGGCUAUAGCCAUGAACAUGGCCAAUUUAGCAGGUCAAAACAAAAUUCUGAGAGAAGAAGUCGAAAGACUUAGAAAUGAGAGUCAAACAAAAGAGAGAAUGUCGUAUGCGAGGGUAACUGCGCAGCCUGCAAUGGCUACAAAAAGUGAACAGGAACGGAAAAUAGAAAUGAGGAAGGAGGAAAACACUUUAUUCAUAACGAGUGACAAAGCGACAACUGGUCGUAAGGUACAGGAGGAAUUGACAAAAGUAUUGAAUCCUAGAACUGAAAAAAUACGCAUGAAUAGAAUGAAAACCAUUGGUAAGGCCCUCAUUAUUGAGGCCGCUACUAAAGAAGACCUCGAUAAAAUUAAAAAUCAUACAAUCGUUAAAAGGAACUUCAAAUGCGAACUGCCUAAGAAAAUGAAACCGCUGGUCAUAUUAUAUGACGUGAGCAGUUCAGCAAAAGAGGAAGAUAUUAUGGAGGACAUAAGAGCUCAGAACUUUGAAAAUAUGAGCAAAGAAGAAUUUGAAGACUCCUUUAAGGUAAGAUUCAAAACUGGCCCAAGGGGAAAACCAACCGUCCAUUAUGUGGUGGAAGUGUCCCCUGGGUUAAGAAAAGCAAUAAUAAAAGAUAAGAUAUACAUAGGAUUCAAUGCAAUCAAUGCUAGGGACUACAUAGUAGUCCCUAAAUGCCUCAAGUGCCAGGACCUGGGUCAUGUCGCAAAGCAUUGCACAAAGGAAACCGCAUGUAACCAUUGCGGAGGUGCGCAUGAGAAGAAAGAGUGUGAUAAAGCUGGACAGACUAAGACUUGCAUACCGUGCAAGGCGAGAGGAAAAGCCGACUGUAAGAAAGAGCAUAAAGAUUGUCCUACACACAAGAUGUUGGUAGACAGGUUGAUUCUCAAAACUCACUGGGGUAAGUAA